AUGUUUCCACAGACUACAAAUAAGGACUUAUUUGACAUUGUAGAUGCCAACGACACAUUAGAAACCCUUAAAGAAGAUUACGAGAGAUUCAAGGAACUCUUACAAGACUUUGAAAAGGGUGUUCUGAAAGAAGCUAUAUAUGAUUCUUUGAGCGGUUGCAAGGAUGUAAAUGAGGCUAAUGUGCUACUUCUAAUACAUGAAGUGAUCAUAGGUCAGGGCAAUCGUAUUGCCAUACCUCCUGUAGCUUCAUUGCACGAUAUAUAUAGGGAAGCGAAGGUAGAUCCCGCUGCAAGCCUUACACAGUAUAAACGUAUGUUACUGUUAUAA